ACCAGGCGAUGAUCAUGGCUACUCCAACUCUUCCUCCAUUGCCAACUCUGCUCUCUUCUUUUUGUUUUUUACUGCUUUUAGCAGAGUUUCAGGCAGCCAUCACAAGACACUAUACCUUCAAUAUUACAUACCACAAUGUUACAAGACUUUGCAAGACCAGAAGUAUUUUGAGUGUUAAUGGAGAGUUUCCUGGUCCAAAGCUAUUUGCAAGAGAAGGUGAUAGAGUCAUUGUGAAAGUCAUUAACAGUGUCUCUAACAAUGUUACCAUUCACUGGCAUGGAAUUAGGCAGCUAACCACUGGUUGGGCAGAUGGACCAGCUUAUAUAACCCAGUGUCCCAUUCAAACUGGGCAAUCCUACACAUACAAUUUCACCAUAACUGGGCAGAGAGGAACUUUGCUAUGGCAUGCUCAUAUCUCAUGGCUGAGAGCAACCAUUUAUGGACCCAUCAUUAUCUUCCCAAGGAAAAAUGGAAGUUACCCAUUUGAAAAACCCUACAAGGAAAUCCCUAUUCUUUUUGGAGAGUGGUUUAAUGUAGAUCCAGAAGCUGUUAUCAGUCAAGCUCUUCAGACAGGAGGAGGACCUAAUGUUUCAGAUGCAUACACCAUUAAUGGCCUUCCUGGUCUACUCUAUAACUGUUCUAAAGAUGUGUUCAAGCUAAAAGUAAAGCCAGGGAAGACAUACCUUCUCCGAUUAAUCAAUGCUGCACUCAAUGACGAGCUCUUCUUUGGCAUCGCAAAUCACAGUCUCACAGUAGUCGAAGUUGAUGCAUCUUAUGUCAAACCAUUUGUGACUGACAAGCUCUUGAUCUCCCCGGGACAGACCACAAACGUACUUCUCCACACCAAACCAUAUUUCCCAAAUGCUACGUUCCUCAUGGCUGCUAGACCUUACUUUGUUGGCCAAGGCACUAUCGAUAACACUACCACGACAGCCAUCCUUGAAUAUCACCAUCUUUCAACUCAUACACUUUCCUUAAUUAACACAACUCUGCCUCCAAUCAAUGCCACCAGCUUUUACGCCAAUUAUACCUCUAGAUUACGUAGCUUGGCCAACAAAAACUUCCCGGCUAACGUACCAAAGUCUGUGGACAAAAAGUUCUUCUUCACUGUAGGGCUAGGAUCCAACCCUUGUACUAAAAACACAACCUGUCAAGGACCAAAUGGCACGAAAUUCGCAGCCUCAGUUAACAAUGUCUCCUUUGCAUUGCCCUCAUCAACAUCUAUCCUCCAAGCUUAUUUCUUUGGAAAAUCUAAUGGAGUCUACACCACAGAUUUCCCUGUAAAACCUUUGAUGCCUUUCAACUAUGCAGGUCAACCACCAAAUAAUACUAAUGUAAGUAAUGGAACACGUACUGUCGUGUUGCCCUUCAACACGAGCGUGGAGUUGGUGAUGCAGGACACCAGCAUUCUGGGUGCUGAGAGUCACCCUCUUCACCUACAUGGGUAUAAUUUCUAUGUUGUUGGGCAAGGUUUUGGUAACUACGACCCUAACAAGGACCCCGCUAACUUCAACCUCGUCGACCCUGUUGAGAGAAACACAGUGGGUGUGCCUGCCGGUGGCUGGGUGGUGAUCCGGUUCAUAGCAGAUAACCCAGGGGUUUGGUUUAUGCACUGUCAUCUAGAUGUUCACACAAGCUGGGGUUUAAGGAUGGCUUGGAUUAUCCUGGAUGGACCCCAACCCAAUCAAAAGCUUUCACAGCCACCCUCCGAUCUUCCAAAGUGUUGAUCUUGACUGAUCGUGAUGCCGAAAUUAGCCAUUGAGAUUUUUCCUUUCCCUUUUCAAGUUCAAUAAUUGUGUUAUUUCUUUUUUCGGUUUGGUGGUUAAAGACUGAGAGAAAGAGAUAUGAAGAUCGGAUGAUUUAGUUUUGUCUAAUGUAAUAAUUUAUGAGCUCUCAUGUUUUUUGUAUAUAACUGAGGGUUUCAUGACAACACAAUCCAACAGUGAUUAUAGUCAAGCAUAUAAUACAUAUAAUACAACCGGCUUAUAAAUCAAAUAUAUACAUUUUAAGUAUCUUAGCCUUUGCAUUUGUGGAACUAGUCCUUUAUGGAACUAAAAAUAGACCCGAAAAAAUAACAGUUUAAGAAUAAGGGAAAAGCUAGAUUGCACUACCUUACACCUUCUCCAGCAAUGGAUUCUAGGAUAACCAGAGACAAGAAAGCUUCUCUCACACUUCGAUCUCUUGCCUGAUGAAUCACGUACAACCAUCACCUUUAUGGAGUAUAUACAGUUUACAUGCUGUUGCACGAGUCGGCUAUGCUACAACAUAAGCAUAGAAAAAUACUGCUCAAAUUCUUGAUCAAUGGGUUGGGUUUCCUCUUGCCUUGUUGAGCAUCUGUAUCCAAAAUGUCAGUAAACAAAAA